AUGGGGUUGUGUCAGAGUGAGGAGGAAAAGGUCGGGCAGAAUAAGAGUCGACAAAUUGAUAAGGAGAUCAAACAGUUGCAAAAUGCCGAGGAACGCACUGUGAAAUUACUGCUAUUGGGUGAGUUUGAGGGCGCCUUAAAGCCCCUAAGAGCCUUGAAACCUUUGUGACUGUUAAGGUACUUUUAAAGAAGUUUAGGGAACUUUUAGGGAUAAUAAGAAUAUUUGAUUAUUCCAGAAGGCUUUAGGAAUGUUCAGAAAAAUGUUCUUUUAAAAUGUUCAGAAGUAUUCAAAUCCUUAAGGUCUUAUGCUAUUGUUCAAGAUUUCUAAAUGCUCUAGAGACUUGAAUUAAUUUACAGUUCUGAACCCUAAAGUGCCUUAAAGCCCCUAAGAACCUUUAAAAAUUUUGAGACUGUUAAGGUACUUUAGGGUUAACAGAAACAUUUGAUUAUUCCACAAGGCUUCAGGUUUUAGGGCUCUAGGCUUCUAGAAUAUUAAAAAAAUAUUCAGAAGUACUGAAAUUCUUAAGGUCAAUUGCUAUUGUUGAAAAUUUCCAAAUUUUCUUUAAUUACCUAAUUUUUAAGAGCUUUAAUUAACAGCUCAAAACUCUCUCUAAGUCUAUAGAACUUUAAAAAAUUCCUGGUAGAUUUUGAAAGGUUUUCAAAACCUUGAUCAAAGUUCUUAAAGUUCUUUAGGAAAUCUUAAAGUGCCUCAAGGCCCCUUAAGGCCCUUAAGAGCAUUUUUCCCGUUCUGCUCAAUAUUCUUAAAGUUCUUUAGGAACACCUAAAGUGCCUUAAAGCCCCUCAAGGCCCCUUAGGGCCCCUAAGAGCAUUUUUCCCGUUCUGCUCUGUUCACUUUCCCCAAUUUCUACGUAACAUUCCAAAUCAAAAAUCGAAUUACAUACUUACCCACAAAAAAAAGCAGAGGCAGGUGUAUAAAUUGCUCUUGCUACUCAAAAAUAACUUUUUUUCCCCCAACUUGAGAAAACUCUGAGUGAUGGGAAACCAAUCCACGUCAUAGAAACAACAAAACAACAAAAAACAAAAAAACAUUCAGGAGCUGGGGAAUGUGGAAAAUCGACAAUUUUGAAGCAGAUGCGAAUUUUGCACAACAACAAAUAUUCGGAUGAUGAGAUUGAGCAGCAGAAGAGGAUUGUUUAUGAUAAUACAGUUAGUGCGAUGCAGGCGUUGUUGAGGGCGAUGGCCAAAUAUAAUGUCUCGUUUGAGGAUAGUUCAAGAGAGGUUGGUUUGGGAAGGGAGCUUGCGGUGGGGGAGUUUAGAAAGCUUCAGAAGUUCACUUGAAGGGAUCUGGAGCUUCAGAAGUUCCCUUGAAGAGAUCUGGAGCUUCAGAAGUUUCCAGGAAGGGAUCAGGAGCCUAAGAUCUUUAGGCAGCUCCAGAGGAUCUAGUGAGUAGACUUUAGGAGUUUAAGAGCUUCAGAAGUUCCCUUAAGGGACUUUUCAAGCCUGAAAACCUUUUCUAAAUACAUAAGAGGCUUCGAAAUAAUUCCGGAAAAAUGUACGUUCCAAAAAAACAGGUUAAUAAGAUUCGCAAGGGCCUAAAUCAAUAAAUCAACUGAAUUUUUUUUGGUUCGAAGGGAUCUGGAGCAGGAGAGUUUGGAAAAUUUCCAGUGACCUUCUUAGUUGGCUUCAGAAGUUUGAAAAGUUCUCAGAAGUCUAGCCAAGAGGCUUUUGAAGCCGAAAAACCUUUCAAGUAGCAUAAGAGGCUUCAAAAUAAUUCCAGAAAUUUUUACGUUUCAAAAAAUAUCUACCCAGUUUCACAAGAAUUGAAUUCCAUUUUUAGUCCAAGUUAGUUUUGACCAAAAAAUUUCAAAUUUUCAUGCAAACAUAAUUUAAAUUGGACUACUGUACGUAGAUUGUGCGUCACGGUGUAUGACAAAAAUUAAUUAACUUUUUAAAACUCAUUUUCAACUGGGUAGUUGCCUUUAAGAGCUUCGGAAGUUCCCAUAAGGGGUUUUUAAGCCUAAAAACUUUUUUAGAGCUUCAAAAUAAUUCCGGAAAAUUUUACGUUUCAAAAAAUUGGAUUAUUAAAGAUCUAAACCAAUAAAUUGUUAGCAAUUUGAAGAACCUUGAAACCACAUACAUUACGACUUAGCCUAACUCUACCCUUCCAGAGCGACGCAAAAGUAAUAGCCGACGUAAUGAAACAAGCCAAAGAGCACGAGGGAAUUCACACCGAAUUGAAAAACGCGUUGAUCAAUUUAUGGAAUGAUAAAGAAGUGAAAAUGUUGUACGAAUCGAAACGAUUGGAAUUGCAUUUGCAUGAGAAUAGUCAAUUGUGAGUUAGGCUAAGUCUUCAAGUUUAGAUAAAUCUCAAGUUUUUUUUAGCUUCUUUGACAAUGUGGAAAGAAUUGCGGAAAAAGACUACAAGCCAACAGACACUGAUAUUUUGCUGACGAGAAUUAAGACGACCGGAAUUGUUGAGGUCGCUUUUAUUAUCAAAAAAGUUAACUUCAGGUAAGUCGGGAGAGCAAACUUCACACAUCAGAUUCUGAUUUCGGCUAAUUAGGAUGACUAAAAUGAGCAAUCUUUUGAUGAGAAUUGAAUUUUUGUACCCGGAUGUUGGAAUUUACGAGGGAGCGUGGAAGUUUUUGGGUAGAUCAAACUAUAGUGCGUGAGAAUUUGAUCGUAGGUCAAAGAUUCUCGUGUCCAGAAAUGUUCUAGAUGUUUCUGUGGAUCAACAUUUCUACAAAGAUUUCUGGGAGAUCAAAGUUUUUGCAUCAGAAAUUACUAGUUUAAAUUUUCUCCUGUGAGUUUUCAGUAACCUCUAAUUAUUUUUUUUUUGAAUUUAGAAUUAGUAUAACUUUUUUUUCAUGGAAAAUUAGUUAGUCACUUUUGAAAAAUGAUCACAAAAAUUUGAUGAUUUUGUGACGCAAGAGGUUUUCAGGCUUAUGAUAAUUAUUAGGCCAAGACUUGGGGCCCAAGCCCAGACCAGACUCUAGUUUUAUCCAAAAAGGCUCUGGGGAAUCUGUCAAAUGACCAAUUUUUUUCCAAAAAAAAAGAAAAAAAAGAAAGAUCACGAGGAUUUUGUGAAUAACAAUGACGAAUUUUAGUCAUUGUUAUUCACAAAAUUAAUUUUUGUAUGAUAUAAGAAUCCCAGAGGAUAGGAAUAUGAAAAUUAAAGCAAACCUGAGUUCUGAAAAUCCAAAGGUACAAAAAAAAAUUCUCUCAAAAAUGUCAUAAGAAAUUCCCGGAUUUUUUACGUUUCAAAAAACAGACACAGCAAAAAUUCAGUAGACGAGAACAGCAAAGAAAUGUGGCCGAGUGGUUUACACGGCUGUUGAGCUUUUGCGAAACCCAGGUUCGAUCCUCACCCGGCGCUCAACUUUUUUUUCAUUUUCAUGAAUUCUCCAAGGCUGAAUGAGGUUCGAACCCUGGGUUUCGAAAUUCCGAAACUGAGACGCAUAAGAUCUACAGAUGAUCCAGAAAGAACCAUUUUUAUUGCAGAGUUUUCGACGUGGGAGGUCAACGUUCGGAGCGUAAAAAAUGGAUCCACUGUUUCGAAGAUGUCAACGCCAUCAUCUUCAUCGCCGCUCUCUCCGAAUACGACGAGGUUCUUUUCGAAGACGAGAGCACCAAUCGAAUGAUCGAAUCAAUGCGACUCUUCGAAUCAAUCUGCAAUUCUCGCUGGUUCAACAACACCUCAAUCAUCCUCUUCUUGAACAAGAAAGAUCUAUUUUUGGAGAAAAUCGCGCGUAAAAACAUCACAACCGCUUUUCCCGAAUACCGCGGGCCACAAACCUAUGACGAUGCGGUGAAGUACAUCAAACAGAAAUUCGAGAAUUUGUCGACGAAUCCCAAGAAGAAUAUGUUUGUUCAUGAGACUUGUGCGACUGAUACGGAUCAAGUUCAGAAGAUUUUGGAUUCGGUGAUUUCGAUGAUUAUUCAACAGAAUUUACACAAGUCUGGACUUUAUUGA